AUGGAUUCAGCUUCGGGGCCCAUCACGGCAAUUGACCAGCCUGGUCUUAAGGCCGAGGGCCAGCUGCUGUAUCACUUGCGGAGAGAAGUCGCCGAUCUCUUACAGAGAAACCAGAUCAGCUUCCCGGGCGCGCAGCCCGUGAGUUUCGCGCAAAAGCAUAUCGAUGAGCUGCUGUCGAGAGAUUACUACGUCUGCGAAAAGACCGAUGGCAUCCGCUACCUCUUAUACUUAACAUCUGACGAGACUGGGAGUGAAAUCCACUAUCUGAUCGAUCGCAAGAACGACUUCUGGUUCAUACACCACAAGAAUCUCCAUUUUCCUCUACAAGGCGAUGACCAGGCAUUCCACACUCGCACGAUAGUGGACGGCGAGUUGGUAAUAGAUGAAGAGCCAGACGGCACUAAGAAGCCAAAAUUUCUUGUAUUCGACUGCCUUGUCAUCGAUGGCAAGGUCCUUCUAGAACGGUCAUUAGAUAAGCGGCUCGCUUACUUCCAGGCGAAUGUGUUCAAGCCAUAUGAGGACCUGUUCAAGCGUUUCCCUCAGGAGCGCCCAUUCCAGGCUUUCCAGCUCCAAAUGAAGGACAUGCAGCUAGGAUACGGCAUCGAGAAGAUGUUUGGUGAAGUGCUGCCGCAUCUCAAGCAUGGUAAUGAUGGACUUAUCUUCACAUGCGUCGGUACGCCGUACCAAUUCGGCACCGACCAGCACAUUUUGAAGUGGAAACCGGCAGAGGAAAACACUGUUGAUUUCAAGCUUCGCCUUGAGUUCCCCAUGGUUGAGCCGGACGAUAUUGAUCGCGCCGAGGGCGUCACAAAGCCAUAUAUUGACUACGAGGCCGUACCUCACGUGCAGCUGCUGACAAACUACGGCGGUGAGGCUUCGGAGCCGUACCAGCCGUAUGCUGAGCUGUACCUGACGGAGGAGGAGUGGGACAAGCUGAAGUCUCUGGGGGACCCGUUGCAGGGUCGCGUUGUCGAGUGCGCUAUGGACGAGCACCAGCGGUGGCGCCUAUACCGGUUCCGAGACGACAAGCUGGAUGCCAAUCACAUUAAGGUUGUGAAGAGCGUCAUCGACAGCAUCCUACACCCGGUGGGUAAAGAAGAUUUGCUUGAAGUAGCACCGCAGAUCAAGGACAACUGGAAGAUCCGAGCGGACCGCUUAAAGGCACAGCAGUCCCAGAAGAGGUAG